ACCUGCGCUCAGCUGUUGCUAGUUUAUUUUGUAGUGUUUAUUCAUUAACAAUGGUGACAACAAAUACUCAGAUAUGACAUUAAUAAAAUGGAGUAUCAUUAUUCAAAUUGGAAUUUUAAUAUUGGAAUUAUACUAGCAAUUAGUUCUAAUAUUUUUAUAGGUGCAAGUUUUAUAAUUAAAAAAAAAGCAUUGAUUCAAUUACAAAGAUAUGGGAUUCGUGCUGGUGAAGGAGGUCAUGGUUACUUGAGACAAUUCACCUGGUGGUCCGGCCUUCUGACAAUGGGUAUUGGCGAAGCUGCUAAUUUUGUAGCUUAUGCAUUUGCACCGGCUUCUGUAGUAACGCCAUUAGGAGCACUUAGCAUAGUUAUUACCUCUAUUUUAUCAUCAAAAUAUUUGAAUGAAAAAAUCAACUUGCUUGGAAAGGUAGGAUGCCUCCUCUGCAUUUUAGGUACAACCAUAAUAAUAUUUAAUGCACCAAAGGACGAACAAUAUGAAACAUUCCAAGAGUUAAUUGAUAAAUUGCGAAAUCAUAAUUUUAUCAUUUACGUUACUGUUAUGAUAUCAAUAAAUUUGUAUAUAAUAUUUUAUUGCAUAACACCCACAAAGCUCAAUCACAAUAAUAUUAUUAAUAAUAAUAACAACAUUAGGAAUACUAAUUAUAAUAUUAUUAUAUAUAUUUUUAUUUGCUCGUUUUUUGGUUCGCUGACAGUGGUAAGUUGCAAAGGAUUAGGACGCGCAAUACUUGACUCUAUUUAUUACGAUGUUAAUGAAAUGGAGAAUUACUUAACUUGGUUUUUUUUACUCUCAAUAAUUAUUUGUAUUAUGAUACAAAUGAAUUAUCUCAAUAAGGCACUUGAUUUAUUUAAUACAGCAAUUGUUACUCCAAUUUAUUACGUUGGUUUUACUAGUUUUGUAUUAAUAACUACUAGUAUUCUAUUUGAUGAAUGGAAACACAUGAAUAUACAAAAUUUUAUUUGUAAUUUAUGCGGAUUAUUCGUUAUUAUCACAGCAAUAUUCUUAUUAAAUGCAUUUAAAGAUUUAAAUAUCACUUAUAAUAACAUUAAGCAAUUGUCAAUAAAUAAUUCAAAUUUUCAGCGUGAUUGUAACUCAUCUGUUGAUUUUAAUAACUUUUACAAUGAUAAUAAUGUGCUGGAAUUGUUAUUAAAUACCUGUAAUUACGCUAAUUCGUGUACCUGUUGUAUUAAUUGUACGAAGAAAAAAGAAAAUAUCAUUUAGUUCAUGAAUUUUAUAUUUUACGAUAAAAAUAAAAAAAUAAACAGAAAUCUAAUUAUGUAUCAUCAUUCAUCGCCACAUGUACAUUAUCAUGAAUAUUGAUGUUAAAAUAAAUAAUUAAUUAUGACGAAUAA